AUGUCUGAUAUUCAAUCAAUCACCUUACUUUUACAAGAAUCAUUGAGUGCCACCACAGCGAACCAAGCAGAUCAACAACUUCGUUCCAUCGAAACCAACCCAGGAUUUGCCAUUGCUUUGUUGACAAUUGUAGAUUCCAAUCAAAUUGAUAACUCCAUUAGAUUGGCAGGGGUUUUGUUUUUCAAAAACUUCUUGAAUAGAAGAUGGAUCGAUGCCGAUGGGAAACACAAGUUGAACCCAAAUGAUGUUGAGAAUAUCAAGAGCAAAAUUGUCAAGUUGAUGAUUGGUUUAAACAAUAACAAUUUGAAAAAACAAGUCGGAGAAUGUAUUGCCAUCAUUGCCAAUUCUGAUUUUCCUGAUAAAUGGACCAACUUGGUGGAUGAGUUGGUGGAAAGUUUGAAAACCAACGACUUGAACAAUAUUCAUGGGGUGUUGUCAGUGGCGCACUCUAUUUUCAAAAGAUGGAGACCUCUUUUUUCCUCAGAUGAAUUGUUCUUGGAGAUUAAGUUUGUGUUGAACAAGUUUUGUGAGCCAUUCAUGCAGUUAUUGGUUGAAACCGAUAAAUCGAUCGACGCAAAUUUGAACAACAAACUAAUAUUGGAACAAUUGUUUGAAAAUCUUUUGCUCUUGGUAAAGCUCUACUACGAUUUUAAUUGUCAAGAUAUCCCUGAGUUUUUUGAAGAUCAUAUGAAUACUUUGAUGAAUGCCAUCCACAAAUACCUAGUCUUUAAGAGUGAUUUAUUGACUGAUAAGGACGAAGAUGAAGAACCAGAUGUAUUGAGCAAAGUUAAAGGUAGCAUUUGUGAUUUGAUUCAGCUCUAUUCUACCAGAUACCAAGAUGUAUUUGAUCCAUUGAUUGAAAAAUUUGUCCAGAGCUCAUGGAAUGAACUAACUUCUUUGACUUUGCAAGUUAAGUAUGAUAUUUUGACUUCCAAAUAUUUGACAUUUUUAACCUCCAUUAUUAAGAUUCCAAAGUACUUUGAUAUUUUCAAUAACGCUCAAGUAUUGAAUGAAAUAUUCAUCAAUAUCAUUUUGCCUAAUAUAACAUUGAGAGAAUCAGAUGAAGAAUUGUUUGAAGAUGAUCCAAUUGAAUACAUCAAAAGAGAUAUUGAAAAUAAUGAUUCUAAUACCAGAAGAUCUUCAUCUACCGAAUUUUUGAGGGAAUUGAAAGAUAAAAAUGAAUCAUUAGUAACAGAGACUGUCUUAAAAUACAUUAACGAGUUCUUGGGCAAUUUUAAUUCUGAUGCCUCCAAUUGGAAACAAAAGGAUACUGCAAUCUAUUUGUUUAUUGCCAUAGCUGCUAAAGGGAAUAUUACGGGCGCGGGCGUUACUUCAACAAAUCUAUUGGUGGAUGUGGUUUCAUUUUUCCAACAAAACAUUGCUAGGGAUUUGAUGAAUCAAUCCAUUGAGAACCCAAUUUUGAUUGUUGAUUCCAUUAGAUACUUGUACAUCUUCAGAAACCAAUUGACUAAACAACAGUUAGUAGAAAGUUUCCCAUUGCUAUUGAAUCAUUUGAACUCCGAUAAUUAUAUUAUUUAUACCUACUCAUCUAUUACUAUUGAAAAAAUCUUGUCUCUUAGAGAUAAUUCAUCGACAGUCUACACAUUAUUAUUCAACAAAUCGGACAUUGAAUCGAUUUUCAAAGAUUUGGUUACCACGCUAUUUAAGAAGAUAUUGGUUAACAAAGACAUCCCAGAAAAAUUAUCAGAAAAUGAUUAUCUUAUGAAAUGUUUAAUGAGAGUUUUGAUUUUGAAUAACAAUAAUCUUAUUAAACCACCACAAUCUAACUUUGAAUUUGUCGGGUUGAUGAUUAAUCAAUUGAUUGAGAUUGUGGUGAUCAUUUCCAAAAACCCAUCAAAUCCAAAAUUCACACACUAUUGCUUCGAAUGUAUCGGAAUAAUUGCAAAUUACAAUAGCAACAACAACCCAGAAUUUGUGGGAAGCUUUAUGGAGAUUAUAAUUCCUAAAUUUUUGGCAAUUUUGGGAGAAGACAUCAUCGAAUUUGUGCCAUACAUUAUUCAAAUGAUUGCCUUUUUGUUGGAAUUAUUGAAACACGCAUCUAGCAGCAGCAACAACAACACAUUGCCUGCAUUUUACAAGAGUUUAGUCAAACCAAUGUUGUCCCCAACCCUAUGGGAAUAUAAGGGUAAUAUUCCAGGAAACACCAGAUUAAUCAUUGAUAUGCUUGAGUUCGAUAGAAGUAGUUUCAAUGAUGAUUUACCAGGAUUGUUGGGGGUUUUCCAAAAAUUGAUUUCUUCCAAGGUUAACGACUCAUUUGGGUUUGACUUAUUGGAAAUCAUCUUGAUUCAUGUUGACUUGAAUCUAUUGAAACCUUACUUGAGCCAAAUUGCUACUUUGAUUUUGACUAGGUUACAAAACUCUAAAACAACUAAAUUUAUCAAGAGAUUGAUUUUGUUUUUCAGUAAACUAGCAUUAGUUGAUUCGAACUUUACGAUCAAAAAUGCUAAUGUUAAUACUUUGGGUCCUGAUUUCGUGACGAAUUUCGUUGAUCAAUUACAAGAAAAUUUGUUUGGCAAUAUCUAUAAGACUUUCUUCAUCACCAACAUCCAAGAAUUCCACAACGUCAAUGAAAAGAAAAUCGUGGUCAUUGGGUUGACUAAUUUGGUUUGCCAUAAUGCCAAAUUCACUAUUAAUGGUCCUUAUUCGAGUUAUGUUGUCGAGUCUUUAAAUCAAUUAUUCAAGGCUACGGUACACAAGAGCGAAUUUUUUGCCAACGAAAAGGCUGGCACUGCUGUUGGGGUCACUGUCAGUGAAGACUUGCUUAAUGAUUUUGAAAACCAAGAUUUCACUUUCGGAUCAAGUUAUUCCAGAUUAGUUAUUAUUGGAACCAAGAAGUUCGACCCUAUCAGUGAUUUCAACAAUAAGGAUAUCGAAAAGGGGUUUUUGAUGGUUCUUCUGGACAGCAAAAAUAAAGGAUUUGAAGUCAAUGGCGCUGAUCAAUUAGAUUCCAUGUUACAGAAUGAAUUGUCGACUUUCAAAUUUUGA